AAUGAUUUUUUGCAGGUGGAUGACAUGAUUGAGUGUUUAAUCAAUUACAUAAAAAAUGAUCAAAUUGGAACAAUUGCUCAUGCACACCUUGCUCAUGCUGACCAAACUGAUAUUUUCUCCAAAAUUUGCAUCGAUAUAGCUAAAAAAAAUUCAUAUGCUGUCGAUUUUGCCAAGACUGGUGUGAGUAAAAAUUUAGAUCAAGAAGAACGUCCGAGCGUUUUUCCUGAUUUUAUGGAGAAGCACCACAAAGAGACAUACAAAUCAAAGAAGGCACUCGGAAAAAUGUUUCGCGUGGUUAAAGACUUCGAGUCCGAGAAUGAAUAUGCUAGCAUUACGUACCGCGAUGUACAGGUAGACCAAGAUUUAAUAUUUCCCGGAUGGGAAACCUACAGAGAAGAUGCUGUCAAGUCAAAGAACAAGUUCAACACGCUACUUCAAACUGUUCUAAGAAACUACGGAAUACAACACGAAGCAGAAGUGUUUUCUGGUGCCUUCACAAACCUGCACUGCCGAUUCAAGGAGAGAAACGACCAAGCAGAUAUUGAAAAAAUUGUUGUGCGAUGCAUCAAGAGACUAGCUAAAAGUAUGCGAGAGGAAUUUUUAGAAGAAUUCAAGGAGUGUAGUAACAUCAACGAAGCUUACCUAGGUAUGUUACGCAAAGCUUCAGCUUGGUAUGUUGUAACAUAUCGUGAUGGUGAUGGAAAAUUCCUGAGCUUUCCAUGGACGGUAUCCGAUUACUUGGCAAACAUUAAAGUUAAAAAGGUGCCUAUCCAAGAAUCGCUGUUUUCUCCAAUUGUUGCGAAAAUGGACCAGCAAAUUAAAUCCGUGGACUCUAAACGAUGGUUACCUAGUUUCUUGGAAUCGAAUCAAUGGAAUUAUUAUAAUUAUCUUUGUGGUGAUCCGAACAUUGUCGAGUGCGCUUUACGCGUGUUGUUAUUAUGGGCUGAGGACGAAGAAAUAAUUGAAAUACCUGGUCGAAGAGUUGAAGGACUUAUGUUCAAGAGUAGUUUUAUAAACCUUUUCCUUCAUGUUGCUGAAGUUUCGCAAUAUAUAAUUAAAAAAGGUAAACGAUGUGACGUACCAAAAGGAAAACUGUAUUCCCCCGCUUCUUUGUGCAUUGAAUUUUGGAGAUUUUGUGUCAAGUUAAGAUUUUAUAAUCAGUAUGAGGUACUUGAAAUCGUACCUUUCAAAGUAUAUAAAUAUAAAACUCUUUCCAAGCGAGCUGUUGUGACCUAUCACAGAUUUGCCGUUUUGGGGGAAUUCGAAAAUUUGUACCUUGAGUCUGGCAUGGCGCAUGAAAAAAUGGACAUGAAACCAUUAUAUAUAAACAACAAGGUAUUUGCGCGAUCUCCAAUCGACGAAAAAUCACUGAAAUUGGCUGAGGAAACUUUGAUGAAGUAUUCUUCCGCUGAUAACGUGGAAUUGAGGGAAAUUUUACAGACGAAGAAAGUUCUUGUGAGUGCAAGAGGCAGCGAACAAUCGUUAAAAACAUUAAAGACCAUUCUGAACGAAAAACAAGAUUUCAUAGCUCAGUUAUUUUCUACUGGUGUAAUGCCUGAAUCAUAAUUUAAUACAACAUUCACCAGAUCUCGGAUACAUAUAUUACUCUUUAGGACUUAAUGAACUUGUUUAUUUUGUAAGAAACUGGCCACUAGAUGGCACACUAACUUUCUUUUAGGUUUCUGUUUGUUUUCCAAAGAGUAGUGGUGUCGAGAUUAUUAAAAAUGAUGAUGGUGUUUUUCGAUAAAUGUCUAUGUUUAUAUUUGUGUGUGAUAUGUCAAUGUUGUGAAGUGCAUCGAUAACUUGUGAAUAAAUCAUUUCAGAUGCA